UUUUUCAUAAAAAAACUCUCUAAUACCAGUAAAAAGAUGGAACGUUGUUUGGGCUUUAUCAAUGAUGUACUAAGUCCGACCCAUGGGAUGUUGUCGUUUUGGUAUUGCCAGGAAUUUCUUCUGUUUAAUGGCAGCUGCUAAGUCCAAAUCAUGGAAGAGACAAUUUGAUUUGUAUAUAUUAGCAGUGCAGUGAUGAACAAGAAAGGUCUCGCCAUUCUUAUGCGAACCAAAAUGCGACUUCUUUCACCUACCUUUGCCUCUAGCAAGAGCAAAUUGAAUAAAAUGCAAACCUCUCCACUGGAAGGUGAUAAAGUUUCUUCUCAUGAUGCUUCACUUCUUCCAGAGAGAGAGUUUAGCCAAGUACGGGAGUCAAUGCACUCAGCCAUGUCGACGAACAAGACAGAAAUUGUGAAUGUUGCUCUGGAUGAAUUUUCAGAGGGAUACCUUCUCUUUUCCCCAGAAAAUCGUUAUAAUAUGCUUCUUUCACUAGCCAAAGAGUAUGAUCUCAAUUGGACCCAAGUUCGCGAGUUAAUGAAGCAGCAUCUUGAUCUUCAGCUCCCAAAUGGUAGAGGAUCAUUAUCAGCUUUCUACAGGAUUGAGCGGAAUUUGAGGCAGGCUCUCAAGCCUAUGUAUGAAGUUCUUUUUUAGUGUCUCAAUACACAUCCUGGGGGAUUGAAAUUCAUGUCUGAUAUUCGAGCUAAUUUGUUCAUCUUCUCGAACGUAAAUCUAGCAUCUCUGCGAGCAUUGUAUUCCUACCUAAAGGAGAAACUGAUUCCAUGGCUUAGUCCUGCUCAUUUGGAGCUUCACAACAUUACAUGGGAUGGUCCUGCAUCUUUGUUGGAAAAAAUUGUUGCGUAUGAGGCUGUGCAUCCAAUAAGCAAUCUUAUAGAUCUGAAAAGGCUAGGAAUAGGUCGCCGCUGCUUUGAGUACUUCUAUCCAGCAAUACCUGGUGAAUCACUUAUUUUUAUUGAAGUUGCACUUGUGAAGGAUGUGGCAGCAUCCAUACAGCCUGGCUUAUCAGGAGUCAACCUAGGGAAGUUUCUAAUCAAACGUGUGGUUGAUGUGGUGAAAAAAGAUAUGCCCAAUAUCUGUGUAUUCGCUACUCUUAGUCCUGUCACUGGUUUUAGGCAAUGGAUGUUAUAAAAGUUGGACAUAUCAGAGAUGACUAGUUCUGCCUUCAAAGAAAUUCUGCUUAGACCGGAAGAGGAAAAGGCACUUAUGGAUGCAUCACAGUACGCAUGUUCUGACUUGGGAAGCAGCGGUAUUGAAGUAAUGUGGAAUGUAUUGACAUCAAAAAACCAUGAAUGGACCAAUUCACCUAAUGUGCUAUCUGCGUUGAGAGCCCUUAUGAUGCGACUUUGUGCCAGGUACCUUAUGAAAGAAAAAAAGAGAGGAAAAGCUCUAGAUUCGGUUGCAAAUUUCCACUUACAAAAUGGAGCAAUGAUUGGAAGGCUAAACUGGAUGGCUGAUCGGUCACAAAAUGGUCUCACUCAAAGUGAAGGCAUAAUGGUUGACAAGGGUUAUCCAGAUCACAUAUUUACAUGAAUGAUGAAUUGAAAAGUGACCGAUCUAUUUGAAAAUAUAUAAUGGGAUUGUUUACCAAAAUGGCUAUAUAUACUGAACCGCUGAUUGGAAAUCAUUUCAGGUUGUGAAGAUCGAAUCUUCUUCUGAUUUCAGAAGCUACAUUGAGGAUUCAUAUGUUCUAUAUAUUAUAUAUAUGGUACUCUGCAGCUCGUAUCAAUAUAAUUAAAGCUAAAAAAAAAAAAAAAGUCGCCUAGCGUCUUAUUUCACAUUGAUGGUUGUUAUAAUAGGUUAUUUCCAGUGUGUACAACAUGAAACUUAAAAUGUGUCAUUAUUCGUUUUUUUUUUUA